GAUCCAUAUAGACUUGCGAUCACCGGAUGAUAGCUCGAAGCCCAAGUAGUAUUUUUUUUACAGUAGAAACCCUAAUUUGCUCUCGUGCCUCACUCAAGUCCCCGCCAUCCACCAACAAGCCGGUCGCAGAUCUUCGAAGAUGCCGUUCAAGAGGUACGUGGAGAUUGGCAGGGUGGCUCUUGUCAACUACGGGAAAGACUACUGGAAGCUGGUCGUGAUCGUCGAUGUUCUCGAUCAAAACAGGGCUCUUGUUGAUGCCCCUGACAUGGUGAGGAGUCAGUUGAACUUCAAGAGACUAUCACUGACUGAUAUCACGAUUGACAUCAAAAGGGUUCCUAAAAAGAAGACCCUGAUUGAAGCCAUGGAAAAAGCUGAUGUGAAGAACAAAUGGGAAAACAGUUCCUGGGGCAGGAAGCUGAUUGUGCAGAAGAGAAGGGCCUCGCUCAAUGAUUUUGAUAGGUUCAAGAUUAUGUUGGCAAAGAUCAAGAGAGGUGGAAUUAUCAGGCAGGAGCUUGCCAAGCUCAAAAAGGAGGCAGCCUAAAGUUGGUUUUCUUUUGAUUAAUCAAUCCCCAUCUCAAGUUUUAGCUUUUAUUUUUUUUUGCUCUAGUAUUUGGCUUGUGGGUUAUUUGUCGUUUGCUGGUUGCUCCUGAAACAAAUAUUUCUAUUGUUUGGUUUUUUCCCAUUACUGUAACAAGACUUCUCAAGUGGUUGUGCAUCAAAUUAUUGUUAUUAGUAUUAUUUUUCCCAGCUAAAAUGUGAUGGAGAA